CCGUGCCCUGUUCCGGCCGGAAAAAUUAAGAUUUAGAAAAAGAAACAAAAUGAAAACAAAAGAUCCACUUACUUUCAAAUUGUAUUUUCGCAGCAGCUGUAGCACAGCUAGCAAAUCAUUCUUGUUAUUAUUGGCCAUUUUAAGAUUUAUUUUAUAUUCUUAACUAAAUAAAUAUUUUAAAUAUUCCACUGUUUUUACAAUUUUGAGAAAGAAAAACACAAGACUGUCAAAACAAAGCAAAUUCUGCCUGCAACUGGUGACCAGCGCCACCGUCAAUAAUAGAAACUAAAAUGUUCCCCCACCCAACCGCUGAAACCGGUAAAACGACACGAACACGACACGAACUUUCCCCUCCAAAAAAACACAUUUUUGGUUAGAUUAUUAUUGUAAUAAAAAAGAAAGAACAUGUUUGCUUUCUGUGGAAAACUCUCUAAUAAAUCGUAGAUUCUAUCGUUCAAAAUAUUCACAACAGUGUCUAAUUUUCGAUCUAGAAUAGCUGAAAAACUCACAGGCAUGGAAAAUCCAAAGGGAAAUACUGCCACCCUUGAUUCCAUCGAGAAAAAGAUUCAAGAUAUCGAUGCACAAAUGUUUCUUCUCAGAAAACAGAAAAGAGAGUUGGAGAUUCAGAAGGAAAAGCUUAAGGAGAAGAACUUUGCUGAGAAAUCUCUUGCUUUGUCAAACAAAAAUUGGACAGAUGACUUUCCAUGGUCAUCUGAUAUUCAGAAACAUUUAAAAGGAAUUUUUGGCUUUGAUAAAUUCAAAGAGUGUCAAUUGAAAGCAAUUAAUGCAAUUCUUUCUCGGAACAAUGUUAUUCUUGUUGCUCCUACUUCAGCUGGUAAAAGUCUAUGCUAUCAGCUUCCGGCAUGUGCCACUUCCGGGGUCACCCUCGUAAUAUCCCCUCUGAUUGCCCUAAUGGAAAAUCAAAUGUGGAACAUGAGAAAAUUGGGCAUAAAAGUUGAGAUGUUAACUCAGUCAACAGAAAAAACUGAUACUCAGAGAAUUUUGAGGCAGUUGGCUGAUCAGAGCGGAGAUGCAGCUUUUAAGCUUCUCUAUGUGGCUCCAGAAAGAUUGGCCAAAAGCAAGAGGUUUAUGAGUGCGCUGCAAAAAUGCUACUUUGCAAAGAAAUUGGAUAGAAUAGCAGUUGAUGAGGUUCAUUGUUGCUCCCAGUGGGGUCAUGAGUUCCGUCCAGACUAUAAAUUCCUCGGUUCCCUGAAGACCACCUUCCCAGAUAUUCCGAUUCUCGGUGUUACUGCAACAGCAACUGAGAAAGUGAUAACGGAUGUGCAGAAAAUGCUCAAUAUUCGCGAUUGUCUCGUUUUGAAAUCAUCAUUUAAUCGCUCGAAUCUUUACUACCAAGUGAUGGAGAAGCCUUCUGAGAAGAAAGCUGUAGUUGAGCUCAUUUCUGGCCUCUUGAAAAGACGAUAUGCAGGAAAAUCAGGAAUAAUUUACACAUUCUCACAAAAAGAUACUGAAGAACUAGCGGCAGCUCUCAUUCACCAGGAUUGUAAGGUGAGUCCUUAUCAUGCAAAUCUUGAUGCGGAAGUUCGCUCAAAAGUUCAUGAAAAUUGGUUGAGUGGAAAGAUCCAGGCUGUUGUAGCAACUGUAGCUUUUGGAAUGGGCAUAGAUAAGCCGGAUGUGAGAUUUGUCAUACAUCACAGUAUAAGCAGAAGUAUUGAGAAUUAUUAUCAGGAAAGUGGUCGUGCUGGACGAGAUGGGGAAUAUGCUGAAUGUCUAGUGCUAUAUCGCUUUUCGGACCUCUUCAAGAUUACUACGACGAUGUUUGCAGAGAAUAUGGGAUUAGUCAAUGCUUAUGCUAUGCUUCAGUUCUGCAUUAGUGGAUCACAAUGUCGACGCGAAAUUAUGUCAGAGCAUUUUGCUGAAGACUGGCAAGAUGAGAACUGCCAAAAGAUGUGUGAUCGAUGUUUAUUCAGAAAGCGAAUGAAUCCUCCAAAGAUUAAUGUUGCCAGGCAUCUCUGUGACCUUCUGCAAAUAAUUGAGAAAGCAGACAAUAUGGAUAUGAAAUUAACAGGUUUGAAAUUGAUUGACGCUUGGUAUCAAAAGGGACCAGUGUAUUUAAGAGUGGCCAAACUCAAGCCACCAUCUUUCGAUCGAUCCUACGCUGAGCAUAUUAUAGCUCACCUGAUUCUCGAUGAAUAUUUGAAGGAGGAAUUUCAUUACACAGCUUAUAGUACAAACAGUUACAUCAAAAAGGGACCGAAGACAUACAGCAAGAUUGCAACCCUGGAAAUUAAUCGAACUAGAUUUAUAGAUCUUCCAGAUGAUUAUCCACGCAGGGAUGAUCAAUCAGACGAUGACAUAAUUCUUGUCUCACCACGUAAGAGGUCGCCUGAGAAGAGACACAGAAAUGAUAGGAUAUCAUCGAGCCCGAAAAAGAAGCUUAGGACGGCCAGUAAUACACCUUCAUCUCAAGAAUCCAUCGAACAAAUGGAAGUUGAAAGUGAUUCAGGAGAGGACGUGGAAGUUGUACCGAAAGUUGAAGAGAUUCCAAGUUUCUUUGUAGAUCUUGAUGAUUCUCUAUUUGAAUAAAUCAGAUUCUUGAAUUAA